CCCUCCCCUGGAUACUUAAGAUCAUAGAACCCCGAUCUUUAUGUUCACUGUUCAGCAGUUUAAAGUUCUAUCAACGUACAUACAAGCCUCAUGUAUUUUUCUCAUAGUUUGCACCUUUUCUCACUGAGUAUAGCUGUCUUGGUAUAUAAACUCAGCAACCUCCUUCCAAGUUCUCACUUUCCACGGCAUCAUUGCUUUCUACUUGUCUCUAUGCCUACGAGUUUUCUUGGCUUGAGAUCACGUAUCCUUACUAAACUUCUUGAGUGGAAAUUACAACAUGGAAGGGAAAACAAGCAAAAGUCCAUGAAUCCAUUACUUCCGUAACCUUCCAAUUUUGGUUGAAUCUGUUCACCACACUGCUAACAAGAUCAAACGAGGGGAGGGAAAUGGUUGGAAGAGAGGGCAAGGAGAUUAGACUCGAAAGCGCAAAAAUUGGCCAUCACCGGUAUUCCGGGAUGCUGUCCACGUAAAUACCCCUGGUGGGUUUUCCAGGGGCAAGCUGACGAACUGCUUUACAGUUGAAUUAAAAGAAUUGGUGGCAAAUGGUUACUCGGACGGGGAAAAUACAUGAGACACCUAUGGAAUAGGGAGCGAAAGCAAAAAGAAAAGACCAGGAAAAACCGCCCUAUCUUAGUUUGGUUAGCCCUUUUGUAUAUUUAUUAGUUGACGGUUCGGAAGUCAAUCUAGAUAAGAGCAUCGCACCAAACACUUGUACAGUACCAACUAG